UAUCUUCAAUUAAACAUGUUUCCUAAAGUACUUGAUGAUAAGAUUUAUUUGGGACCAAAUUUCGGGGGACGACGGCUGAACUGGAAGAACGGCUGCGAUGGAGAAACUAGCGCUAGAGCCACAUCCGGAGCAUCAGUAAAACUCGACGCAGUGCCAGACUCGACUACAAACAAGCCUGCGCUAUCAGAGGAGGAAAUGGAGAAACGCUCUAAAUCCAUUAUUGAGGAGUUUCUACACAUAAAUGAUUACAAAGAGGUCUCGCAUUGCGUGGAGGAACUGGACCAGGGCGGGAUGCUGGACGUUUUUGUUCGGGUGGGUGUGGAGACCACGCUGGAGCGAAACCAGAUCACACGUGACCACAUGGGUCAUCUGUUCCAUCAGCUGCUGCAGGCUGGGAUCCUCUCCACAUCUCAGUUUUUUAAAGGGUUCUCAGAAACCCUCGAGAUAGCAGAUGAUAUGGCGAUUGACAUUCCUUAUGUAUGGCAGUACAUAGCGGAGCUCGUUAAUCCUGUGCUUCGGGAAGGAGGAAUCUCUUUGAGAGAAUUAUUAAUUGAAUUUAGCAAACCACUACUUCCUGUGGCAAGAGCCGGCAUAUUAUUUGCAGAAAUAUUGCAGCUUCUCUGCAAACAAAUGAGCCAAAAGGAAGUGGAGGCCUUAUGGAGGGACUCUAAACUGAGCUGGGCUGAUUUUCUUCCUGAAACCGUGGAUGGGAACAACUUCAUUACUGAGCAGCCCUGAUGAAGUCUGAUGACCUGAAGAGGGUGGAGCUGAGACUUCAGACAGCAGACGGACUUCUGAGGAGGAACAUCAGCACCACACGAGAGGUGGCAGCAGGAUGGGGGCAGGUCAUGACGUGGAAAGGAGACUCUCUGCUUGCAGGCUUCCUGUGACGUAGCUUCCUGUGUUUGACUGUGUUUUA